AUGACGGAAGAACUACGCUACUACGCGCGCUCGGAGCGCCACCUACAGGCACUACAGGCGUGGCUUGAGGCCUCAAUGCCCUCGUACCCCGCCUCUGUGGCUUCUGGUGGCACAGAUCCGGUCCAGAGCAAGCUGUUUCCACUUCUCAAGACGCAGGAGCUGGGUGGCGUCGUGCUAUACAGCCCCUCGCUGGGCUCGACCCAGACGCUGCUGCGCGAGACGAUCAAGCCCGCUGCACCUGCAGGUGUUUUGUGCUACACGGAGCUACAAUCGAGCGGAAAGGGCCGCGGCACCAACACGUGGUCGUCACCCGAGGGAUGCCUUACCUUCUCCUUCCAAAGCGUCUUCACGGACGGCACCACGCUACCCUUCGUGCAGUACCUCGUCUCGCUGGCCAUCAUUAAGGCUGUGGAGGCAGUGCACGCCGCAGUUCCCGGUAGUGCUGGCCCUGUGAAGAUCAAAUGGCCCAAUGACAUUUAUGCCAACCAGGUCAAGAUCGGUGGAAUUCUCUGCCAGUCCGAAUACCGCGACGGCAAAUUCAGUGUCACCACAGGCGUUGGUAUCAAUAUUUCGAACCGGACACCAACGAUCUGUCUCCAGGACAUCUUGGGCACGGAGGAACAACCAUGCACCGUGACAAAGGAGGAGUUUUUGGCGGCUUUCUGCAACGUGUACGAGCCCAUGGAGAAGCUAUUCCUCGAGCAGGGCUUUGAGCCCUUCAUGACAGACUAUCUCGCGCGGUGGUUGCACACGGACCAAGUAGUGCAAGUCGCGAGCGGCGAUGACGCAGGUGGAAAGAAGGUGCCUGCUGUGAUCAAGGGGCUUACCAGCACUGGAUGCCUCUUAGCACAGGGUGAUGACGGCUCUCGCCUCGAGCUCUACCCUGACGGCAAUUCGUUCGACUUCUUGACGGGUUUGCUGAAGCGCAAGUUGUAG